UUAGUUGAAAAAAAAAAUGCAUAAUGGAUAAAGACCCCAUGUGCUGAGAGUGAGGGGCUUGAUCGAUCUCAUUCUUCCGAGGCUGGCAUCUUCCACCAUUGACCUUUGGACUUAUUUGAGUCUCUUGACCUGCCCGGCCAGGCUUCUCUUGGGUCUGGUACCAUGUAAACCAGCACAGCCUGUUCCGUGCUCGGGUUGUCGGCGACUGAACUGGCACCCCCACCUGGGCUAGCCUGGGUGAGGAUGGUGUGUGGACACCCAACGGGACUAAAAAAGAAGACCCAUCAAAGGGUGGAUGAGCUCCCUGCGAGCCAACGGCCAUCCAUACUUGGAGAAGAGAUGGGCGCUGCCAGAUGACUUGGCCUGAAGAAUCGCCGAUGAUGUGCAGCAACUCAGCUAAGCUCACGCGGAGCGGAGGAGGGUUGUGACAGCAUCUGAGGUGCCCCAACGGUCUCACCGGCCUCGGGACUGACUUACCUGAGAAGUGGGGAAGGAAGGAACUGAUGAAAUCCCACUUCCUCUCUUUUCUAUUCCUUGCUUUGUCCCUUCUUUGCUUAUAUGGUGGCAAGGGAAGUCUUCGUUGGAUGUUAGAAAACUUCUGUGCUACGAGGGUGGUUCAGCACUGGAAGAGGCUACCUAGAGAGGUGGUGGAGUCUCCAUCCUUGCGAGUUUUUCAGAGGGUCGCAUGCAUAUGCAGGCACGUACGCCCAACUUACUGACUGAGACGAGACUGGGAUCGACAUCUGUCUGGGAUGAUUUUAGGCUGCCAACACCUGCAUCUGCUCAUGGGGCUGACCUGUGAGGUCCCGUGCACCCUGUGAUUCUAUGAAGGAAACCAGGAGUUGAAAAGAGAAAUUUUACAGCCUUUACAUGAUAUGACAAAUAAGACCUUUUAUAACACAUUAUGGGCACGGCAAGCAGAUCUGUGAAUUUUAUACUGGCGCUUCAGCGAGAAGGAAGCUUGCAUUCCACUACCUCUCUAAGACUUGGCCAGAACAAAUGAGCAUAAAACCUGGUUUGGAAUAAAAUCUUUAUAUUUUUUCCAACGGAGCCAGAUGGCGAACACCUGUCGCGUACAAUUAACAGGUUGCCACGACAGUGUGACAGUUGGAAAUGCUGCGUUUGCGUAGCACGGGUGCAGGAGCACAGUCUGUUCCUCUCGGCUAGGCUCGGCCAUUGGAUGGUCUCUGCAGAACCAUUUCAUUUUUCCUGUCGAAAAGUGUUGCUUUGGAGGUUGAAAUAGGUUGACCGUGUUCUUGUGUCAUUUGGAUGCAAGAAAUUGGGGACAAAAUACAUUGAGAAGUUGGGAGGAACUCUUGCCCCCUCUUUGCAGAGAAAAUGUUGAGCGUUGUAGGGGCAAUAGCUUUGGGGGAGAAGAGGGUGAAUUUAAUUGCAAGCAGUCAUAAUGCAGAUGGUAAAAGAUGCAAAUAAAGGGGCAUGCUCAAAAAGCCAUGGACAGAAAUGCCUUUCUGCCCGGCAAAGACGAACCCAUGCAUGACUCCCUUAAAUACUGUCGCAUUCUCCAAAGACUGUUGUCAUGUAGACAGCCGUGCGCAGCUCCAGUGUAACAUGGGCAGACUGGUCUCGAAGAAGUGGUAGUAAUACCACUUACAAAGUUAUCUUUCCACGUUUCUACACGCGCUCCCUCGUGUAACUCCCAACAAGCCCCCGGCAAUCUCAUUACGAAUACGAUGAUUUGGGAUUUUGUUGAGCAGAGCGUUUUGCAGUUCUGCCAAACAUUCACUGUAUUUCAGCUGGACUUUUUUAAUGCUUUCUCUUCACAUGAUGUGGGGCAGGGGGGUCAUGCUAGCUGUUGGGAGACGUAAUAGUGGGCAAAGAAAACAGCACAGGAGGGGCACAAGGCAUUUAGCUCCACAUCUCUAUCUGCUCUGUGUGCAGUUCAUUUAAUAUCUUCCCCUCUCCCUUCCUGUUUCUCAUUUUUAGUCUUUCUCUAUUUGACUUUUUCACUAGGCAGAGUAAGGAACGCCCCUGAAAAGGAUUUAGCUAUGGCCUCGUUUCAGCCGCACUGCAGUUCGAUAGUGCCAUUUCCCAAUCUCUUCCUUAUUAAAAACCCGCGUGCAGUGGCUCCUUUCUGGAGACUGAAAUUCAGAGCUUUUUAUAAGUCCCACGGUAUUCUGAAUCCUGAAAGGCAAUGCGGUGACUUCGGUGAGAUUACUCGGGGGUAAGAGCUAUGUUGGAUGCACCUUGGAAGGCCAACCCCUCCGCGGGCAAACCGAAGGUGUAGCCUUUCCCAGUUGCCAGGAUUGCUAUUUUUCUUACAAUGGAAAGGCUGGUUGUCUAUCUAUUGGUUAUUAGCACAGCUGUGAAGGCUAUGAUGUGUCCAAAACGAUGUAUGUGUCAAAACCUGUCUCCAUCCUUCACCAUCCUUUGCACAAAGACUGGGCUUCUGUUUGUCCCCCCCAGCAUUGACAGAAGAACAGCAGAACUAAGGCUAAUGGAUAACUUCAUCACCACCCUUAGGAGGAAGGAUUUUGCAAAUAUGACCAACCUUAUUCAUUUGACACUGUCAAGAAAUACAAUAAGUCAAAUUAUGCCUUAUGCAUUUUUUGAUCUUAAAGGCCUUCACGCAUUGCACUUGGAUAGUAAUAGACUGACUUAUAUCAAUGAGGAUCAUUUCAAAGGUUUAAUUAACCUGCGCCACCUAAUACUUAGUAACAAUCAAUUAAACUAUAUCUCCCCUGGGUCUUUAGAUGACUUCAUUGAAACCAUUGAGGAUCUGGAUCUAUCCUAUAAUAAUUUAGUUAAUAUUCCUUGGGAAACCAUUGGAAAGUUGUCUAAUGUCAAUACAGUGAGUUUGGAUCACAACCUCAUUGAGUUUGUUCCAGAAGGAAUCUUCUCAAACCUUCACAAACUUGCUCGACUGGACAUGACAUCCAACAAGCUGAAAAAGAUCCCCCCUGAUCCUUUGUUCUCGAGAAUACCUGUGUAUGCUAAAUCAAAAGGGUCUCCAUUAUCAUCUCUGGUGCUUAGUUUUGGAGGAAAUCCUCUGCACUGCAAUUGUGAAUUAGUGUGGCUGAGACGCCUCACCAGAGAAGAUGAUCUAGAAACAUGUGCCUCACCACCUGAGCUGAUGGGCAAAUACUUCUGGACCAUUAAAGAGGAGGAGUUUGUCUGUGAACCGCCAAUGAUAACCCACCGGACACCAAAACUGGUGGUCAUGGAAGGCCAAAGCGUCUCUUUGAAAUGUAAAGCCGUCGGUGACCCGGAUCCCUAUGUUCGGUGGAUCUCGCCCGAAGGGAAGCUGGUCUCCAAUACGUCUAGGACAAUUUCCUAUGAGAAUGGGACACUGGAUGUUUUAUCUACUUCCCUAACAGAAAAAGGCACCUUUACCUGCAUAGCAUCCAAUGCUGCUGGGGAGUCCACAGCUCCUGUUGAACUGGUUGUUAAUCCUUAUCCUAAUCUUGCUAACAGCACCAACUGUGACAAAGACGCUGAGCCGGGGCCUUCAGACAUUCUUAUAUCAGCCAAGUCAAGUUUCCCCAAUGAAACUAAAGCUCAGCAAGAGAAGGUUGUGGUUGCUGAGCUGACCUCAUCCUCUGCUCUCAUACAGUGGCCUUCCCAGCAUCACAUCCCUGGAAUAAAAAUGUACCAGAUUCAGUAUAACAGCUCUUCUGAUGACAUACUAGUUUACAGGAUGAUACCAGCUGCUAGCAAAUCUUUUUUCUUGACUGAUCUGGUGGCAGGACGCGAGUACGAUCUCUGCGUCCUGGCCGUCUACGACGAUGGGUUGACAUCUCUGACCGCGACCAGGGCGAUCGGCUGCGUGCAGUUCACCACGCACGAAGAAUACAAGCAGUGCCGCUCUCUUCACGCGCAGUUUCUCGGAGGAACUAUGAUCAUCAUUAUUGGUGGGAUCAUCGUGGCUUCGGUUCUCGUUUUCAUCUUCAUCCUUCUCAUGAAGUACAAAGUCUACAACAACCACCACAAAAAUAAAACUACUAAAGUCAGUAACGUCUGCUCUCAAACCAAUGGUAGCCAGAGCGGGUCAAUGGCGCGCUCGACUUCCAAACUGACGGAGGGCCGGGAAAGUUUGCAUCAGGAGUGCUCAGGAACGUCCAACAAAGGCAAAACUGUUGUCGACUUUGAUUGCGAAAGAGUGACUCUCACUGACACAACCUUUUUAACUACUGAUGCAGUAUCCUAAUAGCAAUGUGGCAAGAGCACACACACACCAAGGUGGUAUCGCUUGAAACAUUUUAAUGCGAGUGGUUGUAUUUUAAGCUUCACUACUAUUGUCUAUUUUUAAGAUCAGAUGGUUUAAAAAAAAACUAUUUUUUUAAUCUGUAAAACAGUUCCUGCAUUCUUAACUAUUUUUGUUUCAAUAUAUUAAAUAUAAAGUGUGUGAUUUACAAGA